AUGGCUGCUAGUGUUGGCUGCACUUCAACUCACCAGAAGGGUCCUGCUAAUAUUUUAAACAACUCUUCGUUUAGGAGUGAACUUCUUGAAGUUGCUCAUCACUUAAAGAAUGAAAAGUCAUUUGUGGGCAAUGAAAAGGAAAAUAUUAAAAAACUUUACAGCUUAGUUGAUAAUAGCUCCAUGAAGGUUCACCAGUUGAAUAUGUCAGUACAUCAACAACGAUGUCUGUUAAAUGAUCUGAUCACUGGCUCAUGCAGAGUAACUCCUCAGAUAUGCUGCUCUAGAUUCAAUUCUCUUUCAAAAGCAAAUUUCAUCGAUGGUUAUAAGUUUCUCACCCACCAUGAAUUGAGAGUCGGUCGAUUUCUCAAAUCUUUUCGAGGAAAUCCGAAAUUAGUUGCCUUGUGUAUAUCAGAGUUGGAGUCAUCGAAGGAGGCAUGUUGUGUGGAACACUUUGUCAGGGUUGUUAUGUUGCAGCUGUAUGAGGGACUGAUCACUCACGAGGAUGAAGUCCUGGCUGGCAGGAUGCUGCAACAUUUGUUCCUCUUCCAAAUUCAGAAACACUCCACCAAUUCAUUGAAACAUUUCUUAAAGUCCGAAACUGCAUUCAACAUUGCUUAUCGUCUGUACACUGAAUGCCUAUCCUCUUCAAAGACUUUCUUGACAGCAGCUUUCCACAGUCCAACUAUUUCGUUACUUUCAGAAGAUGAAUGGUAUUUUGAUGUCGAUGUGAGCAGUUGCAUUGCCAGACUGGGUCCUGCUGAAGCACUCAGAAGAUUUGGUCAGGCAUCAAGUGAAGAUUACGAUGUCAAGGUCAAGGUUCACCAUACAAGACUAAUGGACAAAUUAGUUUACUUUACAAAACUGUUCAUUGAAAGUUUGAAAAGUUGUCAUUCCAUCUUUCCAAAGUCCCUCGCGAGGAUCUUCAAAAACAUUUACAAAGUAUUUUCAACAUCACAACAUCUUUCACAGCAGCAGCAGCAAGAUGGCAAUCACAAUGAAGCAAACUGGGAUAAAGCCCUUCUGAAUAUGGUACUGAACUCGUUCAUAUGUCUCGCCAUAUGCGAUCCGCAGUUCGGUGGAGUAGUCUCUGAUACUCCAAUUAGUGAAGUUAGCAGGCACAACCUCAGGCAGAUUGCUCACAUCAUUCAGAAUCUGUGUCUUUCCACUGUCGAUGAUGUUGAUGUUCCAGCUUGUGAACUCUAUGAUAAGUUUGAUAAGGUUUGA